GCAGCCGAGGUCGGAGGGCGGGAUGCUGUGGGCUGCGCUGAGCCGCGUGCCGCCGCUACUAAGCUGCGUGCGUGCCCAGGGGCCGGGCCUGAGGUGGUUGUGGGGACGCGGGGGCGGUCCGGGGGCUGCGGGGAGAAGGCAGACCGGGGCCAGAGUCUGGGGCUGGCGGAGUUUGAGCUCGGAGCCGGGGCCCGGGGCCGCGCACUACCAGCUUGUCUACACUUGCAAGGUGAGCGUGCGACGGGUGCGAAGCUGGGUCCGCAUCUGGUGCCGGCCGGCGCCGCGGGAAGAGGCUCCCCGAGCGCCGAGGACAGUGUGUGGGAGCCGGUCCUCCAAGCGCAUCUCCAAACUGGCCUACCACCGGGGAGUUGUCAUCGUUACCUGCCCCGGCUGCCAGAAGCACCACGUCAUCGCCGACAACCUGGGCUGGUUCUCAGACCUGGGCGGGAAGAGGAAUAUUGAAGAAAUCCUGGCGGCCAGAGGGGAGAAGGUGUGCCGAGUGGCUGGCGAGGGGGCUCUAGAGCUGGUUUUAGAGGCUGCCGGGAACCCCAAAUCCACCACUGCUCCAGAAGGGGGUGAGGACCAGGACCCCACUCAUCCUGGCAAGAUGGAGCCCAGCUGACUCUGUCGUCUCCCUUCCAGAAGAUUCUUCGGCUCUUCCGGGCUGGCCUGUUUUCUAUCAAUAAACACAUCACCCGGAGA